CCUCCAGAGAAGCUGCCGUUCCUUGAGUUGCACUCAUACAUGAGGGUACAGACCUGGAAAAAGGAAUUGGCAACACUGGAACCUCUAGAACAGAGGCUGUCACUAAGGUCCUGCUGACUAGAUGGAUUGUACACUUGACCCCAGUCUGACAACAGUGACCGACUACUACUACCCUGAUAGCUUCUCAAGCCCCUGCGAUGGAGAACCUAUCCAGAGAAACGGCAAGUUGCUCCUUGCUGUCUUUUAUUGCCUCCUGUUUAUAUUCAGUCUUCUGGGAAACAGCCUGGUUAUCCUGGUCGUCGUGGUGUGCAAGAAGCUGAGGAGUAUCACAGACGUAUACCUCUUAAACCUGGCCCUGUCUGACCUGCUUUUUGUCUUCUCCUUCCCCUUUCAGACCUAUUAUCAGCUGGGUGAGUGGGUGUUUGGGACUGUAAUGUGCAAGGUGGUGUCUGGCUUUUAUUACAUUGGCUUCUUCAGCAGCAUGUUUUUCAUCACCCUCAUGAGUGUGGACAGGUACCUGGCCAUUGUCCACGCCGUGUAUGCCAUAAAAGUGAGGACGAUCAGGAUAGGCACAGUCCUGAGCCUGGCAGUAUGGCUAACCUCCAUUAUGGCUACCAUCCCACUGCUAGUGUUUUACCAAGUGACCUCUGAAGAUGGUGUUCUACAGUGCGAUUCAUCUUACAAUCAACAGACUCUGAAGUGGAAGAUCUUCACCAACUUUGAAAUGAACAUCUUAGGCUUGUUGAUCCCAUUCACCAUCUUUACAUUCUGCUACAUUAAAAUUCUGCACCAGCUGAAGAGGUGUCAAAACCACAACAAGACCAAGGCCACCAGGCUGGUGCUCAUUGUGGUCAUUGCAUCUUUACUUUUCUGGGUCCCAUUCAACACAGUUCUUUUCCUCACUUCCCUGCACAGCAUGAGCCUCUUGGGUGGAUGUGUCAUGAGCCAGCAGCUGAUUUAUGCCACCCAUGUCACAGAAAUCAUUUCCUUUACUCACUGCUGUGUGAACCCUGUUAUCUACGCUUUCAUGGGACAGAAAUUCAAGAAACACCUCUCAGAAAUAUUUCAGAAAAGUUGCAGCCAUAUCUUCCUCUGCCUAGGAAGGCAGACACCCAGGGAGAGCUGUGAAAGGUCAUCAUCCUGCCAGCAGCAUUCUUCCAGCAUAGACUACAUUUUGUGAGGAUCAGUGAAGACUAAAUAUAAAAACGUUUUCUUGAAUGGCAUGCUAGUAGCAGUGAGCAGAGGUGUGGGUGUGAAAGGUUUCCAAAAAAAAGUGCAGCAUGAAGGAUGCCAUAUAUAUUGUUGCCAACACUUAGAACACAACGACUAAAGACAUAGUUGUGCAUGCCCGGCACAACCUCAAGCCUGUGAUUGUGUUUAUUGAUGAUGCUGAACAAGUGGUAACUUUGAAGGAUUCUGUAUGCCAAG